UGUCUCUCGUGUGUGUGUGUGUGUCUCUGCGGGGCGGGCGCGCGGUCACACAGCUCGAGACAGUGGAAUGAAUCGAGGCAGGCAGUGAGGAGAAAAGUAUCUGCACACAUGGACCGCAAACAUGGAGUGUUAUGAAAGGAGAGGAGAAGGCGGCGCUGUCAUUUUCUACGACUGAAUUCAGCGGUGACACCAAGUGUGAGUGACAGAGCACUGGAGGCUGAACGGCUCGCGGAUAUUUGCACAACAAUGGCAGCUCCCCGUCAGUGAGGAACUUGGCCGCCCAGCACCCCCUCCUCCCUCCGUCCCUGACACCUUCACACAACUAUUUUCCAUCUCCUGUUUCCUUUAAUCCCUCUCUUCAUCUUCCUGAAAAUCUCCAGUCCUCCCCUUGAAAUCCUGUCUUUGUUCCAAACAUGGACUCCUCUGGAGAAAUAUCCUCAGCCCAGGACGGACAUCUCGACCCCAGGAGCAGCCCCGGUCGCUCCGAUCUCAGCGGACUGUACCACCUGGGACGGACGUUGGGCAGGGGCCACUUUGCUGUGGUCAAACUGGCUCGUCAUGUCAACACGGGGCAACUGGUCGCUGUCAAGAUGAUUGACAAGACAAAACUUGAUGUUAUGGCAACGAGCCAUCUCUUACAGGAAGUGAGGUGCAUGAGGCUGGUGCAGCAUCCCAACGUGGUCCGCCUCUACGAGGUCAUCGACACGCCUACCACCCUCUACCUGGUCAUGGAGCUGGCUGAGGGGGGCGACCUCUAUGACUACAUCCUCCGCCACGAGGGAGGUGUGGCAGAAACCACUGCCAAACGUCACUUUGCCCAGAUUGUGCGUGCUGUGGCGUACUGCCACCAGCUUCACGUGGUGCACCGGGACCUUAAACCAGAGAACGUGGUGUUCUUUCCCCAGCAGGGAGCGGUGAAGUUGACGGACUUCGGGUUCAGCAACUUAUUCCAACCUGGGACGAUGUUGGCCACCAGCUGCGGGUCGCUGGCGUACUCCGCUCCAGAGAUUCUGCUGGGAGAAGAGUAUGAUGCUCCAGCUGUAGAUAUCUGGUCUCUCGGGGUGAUCCUGUACAUGUUGGUGUGUGGAGUCCCUCCCUUCCAGGAAACCAACGACAGUGAGACUCUGGUCAUGAUCCUGGACUGUCGCUACUGCGUCCCCGAACAUGUUUCAGAAGACUGCAGAGAUCUGAUCUCCAGGAUGCUCCAGAAGGACCCGUCUCGCCGCGCGUCCCUCGAGGAGAUCGAGGCCCAUCGCUGGCUGCAGGGCCUUGAUGACGCCCUGCUCAGCCCAGAGGCCCCACCACACUGGCUGUCAGGGGCCCUCUCUCCCAGCUCUCCCCGCUCAGGAGUACCUGAGUGUGGGGACCUGCUCGCUGCGAGGCCCCCAUCUCAGCAAGCUUUCCCUGGCCCCUGGCAGCCCAGCCUCAGCUUCACCCUCCGUCCACCUCCAGCUGAGGAGCCUCCAGCCGCUAAGAACCUUCCCGCACUGCAGCAGAUCUGUGAGGAAGACGAAGAGGAAGAAGAAGAAGAAGAAGAGGAAGAGGAGGAAGAGGAGGAGGGCAGUUUGGCAAAAGAGCGUGACGUUUUGGCUGCUUUGUCAGUAGCAGAGCAAGAAAAAGAAGCAGAAGAGAUCCUCGAUGGUGCCGAUGGUCAAGAGAGCAUGGAAGAGGAGCAAAAAGAAGGAUUAGGAAGCUUAGUUGAGAUAAUGGAGGAGGAAGAGGAGGAGCAAGAAGAGAUGGAAUUAGAUAGAGAAGACAGUGGGUGCGUCAUUUCAGACCAGCCAGUCAGUCACGGAGACAAGCCGGUUUGUAAGACACCUGAAGUCCCACCUUCGUCUCUGUCUGGUUUGGUGGUGCCUUGCUGUCAGGGGCAGCCGGACUCCACGAGUCCGGAAGAAGGACAGGACGACGAGAGGGAACCAAACAACAACAACAACAAACCUCCUCCUCUCCUCCCCGAGCCCUCCGCACCCUCUUUUCCUGCCGCCUCCUCCGGACUCAUCCUGAAUGAGAAAGAGGCCAGAAAAACGCAAAGAGAAUCAGAACAAGAUGAGAAAGCAGAGGAGGGCGGAAGAGAUGACCUCUUGACAGACAGAUCUCAACCCCAUAAUGCACCAGGGGCCCGAGACGAAGCCGCUCCGAGGAUGGAGCAGGGCAAACGACACAGCAUAAAGCUACGUGAGAGACUCUUUCAGUUCCCUCUGUGCGAGAAAGCUCUGGCCUUCAACAUACCGGCACACAACAAGCCCAAGAUCCUGCCGCUGGCUCAGUACAACUGCUGCCAUGUGCUAUAAGUGAAACUGCGCUGCCUGUGACGUGCCGCUCGCUCGCUCUCAGACUGUUUAGCAGCGAGCGGUCGGCCGGCUGCAGAGCACACACUUUGUGAAGUGGCAAACCGCUGAGCUGCCUGCUGAGCCUUUCUGCUGCAGAGACCUGGAGGCCGGAGAGGAAAGGCCCUCAGCAUGCAGACACUAGGGUAGGACGUGUACAGCUUCAUACCUACAAGUUCUAGCGUUGUGCUCAUGUAAUAAACAUCGUGUUAAGCUAGAGGUGGUGUACAGCACAGUAGUCAGACUUAGUAGAACCUCAUGCAUUUGCUGCUGAUACAGAAUUACAGUGAUCUGUAGCUUAGGAACAAUACUGGACCUACGAAGAACGACAGGCGCGAUGGGUGCGACAGUUUUUAUCAAAUAAGCUAUCGUCCGUUUUGUUUGUUUAAAAGGUGCCUACAGCGACGAUAUGGGUUUCGCACUGUACACGGCCAUCGUGUCAUUUUGGUUCUGACUGUAAAAAGAGUCAGAAUGGUCGAGCGCGCAGUAGAUCCAUGAUUUCAUAUUUUAUAAUACAUAAAUUAAACUUUGAACCAGCUUCUGCUACAGAGUAGCACUCGUUCCCUCUUCCCUUUGCACAACCUGCUUCUCUCAUUGGUUUAAAAGCUCUUAAUAUAAGCUCUAUUAAAGAAAGACUGAGACUGUUAUGAUAUAUGAUAUAUAUGAUACUGUAUAAUAUAUGCCUCAGACUAAGAUGAUGAUAUGUUCUCUUAAACCUUUAAGUCUUGUCCUAACAUACUGUAUACUACUAUUGAUAGGAUCAUUGAUUGGGAUGCAGGUCUUCCAUCGUCUUCUUUUUAUUCAUACCGAACAGUUUAACAGUCUUAUUUUGGAUGUGCGGCUAUGAAGUUUUUUUUAUAACGUGACAAAGAUAUUAAUUCUCUGCAGAGAUCCGUGACUUUGUGCAUGUUAAUACUGUUAUUUAUCAAAUAUACCUCCAUGUGUCUUGGAUCUGACAGGACAUUGUUUCUCGUGUAACUGUAACUGAAAGAUGAAUUGCACACAGUACGACUACUAUAGCUGGUAGCUUUCUACGAGCAGUAUCUUUGGACUGAUGAAUAGAUUUGUUGGUCCUUCAGACCGACUGAUGUGAUAUGUUGUUGUGUAGCUGAGGAGUCCUGCCGUAUGGUAUUAUUUUACCAUGUAAUGCCUCUGUGUGUUUCUCUAUUUUCUCACACACACUGUAAUUUUCCUGUUUUGAAGCUGAGAUAAGAAGUGAAACAUUUUUAAAGUUACAGAAGGCCAAAGCUGUAUAAUAAACUCCAUUUUCCUCCUUUAGUUCAGCAAACAGAUUCCUGUCAGUCACUGCACGGUGGAUUAUAAACGUGUGACCUGUAUGGGACAGCCCCCACCUGCUGUAUAAAAGGAGCAGAUGUCACGUGAAAUCAGAUUAUCGCUCACAUUUCAUCAGCCAUAGAAGCAUAUAAUCUUUGCAAAAGAGGGAUAAAAUCCCAUUAUCUGUCCCCGUGUGAUUGCAGCCUGUCUCUUCUCAGUGUGUCUGUGUCUACUGACCUGCAUUAUAACUAGGACCACGUCUCUUUGGAGCCAUGAACUUAUUUUUCUGUAUUUAUUUAUUAAAAUAUAUUAAAUCAA